GAAAUAUGGUGCGGGUAUAAGGUGGGUAUGAGGCGGGGUGAAUUUAGGACGGGUCUACUCUAAAAUCCAUACUCGCCCCAUCACCCAUGGCGGGCACACAUUUUAUAUUCAUCUCCGCCUCAUCACCGGCCAAACCUCUCUCCAUCCCCGCCCCACUUGAAUUGGACGAGGAUGGGGCAGGUCUCCCAUUUAACCCGACCCAGUGUCAUCCCUAAUUAUGCUCUCUCUUACGGUCUUACCCAAAUACAUGUUCACACAUGACUUAAAAUGUAAAUAUAGUACUAAGUAGGUGUUGUGUUUUGUUUGUUUUUGUUUUGUUUUUUUUUUUAUAAAUAUUUUAUGUUAUUGUCUAAAACGUGAAUAUAGUUGAAAGUAGCAAGGUAGCAACUAAGCAAGUGCGAGUAGCCACUAGUUUGUUAAAAAAAAAAAAAAAAAAAAAAAAAAAAAAAAGGUAGCCACUAGUUACUACAGAUUGAGGAUAACAUGAGACUACAGUAUUUAAGCAGUAUAUAAGAGGAAUCUGAUUGAGAAAUUUCAGAAUUAAAAACUUUAAGAUUCAUAUAAAUGAAAUUGGGUAAAGUAUAUAGAAUAUUCAUCCAUUAGGUAAUCAUUUCCUGUCUUCACUCUAUAGCAUAAAGGCCAGAAACCCAACUCAUUUUAAUCAAUAGAAAACACAAGCUUAAAUCCAUAGAAAACAACCAUAAGCUCCAAUGGAAGGGACAAUGAAACAGACGAGCAAGCUCGGCCGUCGACUACUGCUAUUUCCUGCACCAUUUCACGGUCAUUUAAAUCCAAUGCUACAACUAGCAACUCUGCUAUACUCCAAAGGUUUCUCCAUUACCAUCAUUCAGACUCCUUACAAUCCUAUAAAUCUUACCGACUUCCCACACUUCACUUUCUGCUCCUUUCACAACAGCUUACUCGAGUCCUAUUCCAAGUCUCCUCCGCCGGAUACUGUUACCGUCAUAUCUAGCAUGGACACAUGCUGCGAGGCUUUCCGGGAUUGCUUGUCUCAAAUUUUACGCGAGACUGCUGCUGCUGAUACUGAUACUGAUGGGUGUAAGGAGCAUAUUGCUGCCUUGAUAGCAGAUCCUAUGUGGAAAUUUGUUGGGUCUCUUACUGCUAGCAUUAACCUUCCUAGGCUGGUGCUCAGGACUGGUAGCAUAUCGGCUUUGCUGGUUUAUCUUUCUCUGCCUUCUUUACGAGAAAAAGGCUAUCUCCCUGCUCGAGAUAAUAAUUUAGAUGAAAUACUGCCAGAGCUUUCCCCUUUAAAAGUCAGGGACCUUCCUUUAGAAUGGCCACAUCAUUUACUGGAGACAUUUGUCCGAGAAACCGAGACCUCUCAUGGUGUCAUAUGCAAUACCUUUGAGGAACUGGAAAGUUAUGCAACGGCUCAAGUUAAACGAUCCCUUCCUAUUCCCAUCUUUCCUAUAGGCCCCUUACACAAACAAUCUCCGACUUCUGAUACCAGCAUAUGGGCACAAGACCAAACUUCCAUCACUUGGUUGAAUAAACAAACACCCAAGUCUGUACUGUAUGUUAGUUUUGGGAGUGUUGCAACAAUGAGUAAAGCUGAAUUUCUCGAGCUAGCCUGGGGACUGCUUGAAAGCAUGGUGCCAAUCCUAUGGGUGGUACGCCAUGGAUUGAUCCAAGGUUCAGAAGUCAACAACUCAUUGCCAGAAGGCUACCUUGAUAUGUUAGGUGAAAGAGGGCAUUUUGUAAAAUGGGCACCUCAAUUAGAGGUUUUAUCCCACCCAGCUGUUGGAGGAUUUUGGACUCACAACGGAUGGAACUCAACUUUGGAGAGUAUUUGUGAAGGAGUGCCUAUGCUUUGCCAGCCUAUCUUUGCUGACCAGGAUAUGAACGCGAGGCAUGUGAGUGAUGGUUGGAAGAUAGGGAUGAAAUUGGAAAAGGGGAUCAAAAGAGAAGAAAUAGCAAGGUCGAUAAGAAAACUUAUGCUGGAAGAAGGGGAAGAAAUGAGGAGCAGAAUCACAGCUUUGAAGGAGAAGGCAACUCUUUGUGUCAAGGAAGGCGGUUCUUCAUAUACAUCUAUAGAGAGGCUUACCAGCUACCUACUAUCAUUUUGAUUUACUUAUCUAUUGUUUCAUUGAUUGAAUACUGUCAUCAACCGAAUAAACUGAGAAGAUAUUUCUUUCUAAAGAAAAAAUAUCUGUCUAUUGGGUGAGGUUUUGUUCCUUUCAAUGUUGAGCACUUUUGUUUUAGAGUGAUCUCUCAGUGUGUAUCGAUGAAAACUUCAUCUAGUAAAUUAUUUCUUGGUAUGCAAAGUGGUUUACUGCAAAA